AUGUCAGCUACGUUAGCGACAUACCACGGUGGGGAUGGUGAUGGCAGGGAUCCCCCUGAUCCUUCUAGGGUACCGUCGUCUUGCGAAGCAGGCAAAGUUGUCGGCACUGAAGCAAGCAAUUAUGUUCGAUUUCUUGGCCAACAAGUAAGCAUGUUGUGCCCGGGUGGUCAUCUAAAUUUUUCUGAUGUACCCCAACAAUACAAGGAUCAAGUGCUCAAUCGAAUUAGAGGGGGUCCUCCUGGAGAGCAUGUAGUUGAAGCAUGGAAGGAGAUCCAUGUGAAAAAACCGUCUGGAACUUUCGUUAAUGAAUUAGCUGCAAAAGAUUAUGAGGAACUGAUCAAGGAGCUUGAUAGGAAGCGACUGGAACGACAAUCCCAGAGCGAUACUGGGACUGAAUCUGAAUCUGAUACUGGUUAUCAGUUUGACGUUAUGGAAACAGUCCUAGGCCAAAGAUCUGACUAUCAAAGAGGCGUGGGUAAAAGGCUCAAGGGCAAAGGAAAGAAACCAAUCCCUCAAACUCAAUCAACGGUGCCUCCCCAACCAACUACUGAAAUGAUGAGCACUGUGGCAGAUAUAUUCUCAGCUAUGCGUGCCACUUGGGGGGGUAAUUUGACGCCUGAACAACGUGCCCAAAUAUUUAACCCACGCUUUGACAAUUUCAUUCAAACGUAUAGUCAGUCGCAGUCGCCUGGUGGUUCGUCUUCUCAGAGUCAUGCCGCUCCUCCGGAACAGCAACAACAACCUCCUUCGCAACCACAAUUUCAGCCUUCCUCGCAACAACAAUUCCAAAAUUUGUCACAGCAGCAAUUUGAAAAUUUUUUGCAGCAGCAACCCCAAUCUUUUCCUCAGCAGUUUCCUCAGCAGCAACAACAGUCUGCUCCGCCAAUGGGAAAUCAGUUCUUAUACCGUACACCGUCAGAGUCUCCUCCGCUCGGCUCAAACUUUGCUGAUUUUGGAUUAUUUGGGAGUUCAUCGCAGGAGAACCAAUUUUUUUCAACUCCCAUUUUCAACCAAGCUGAGCUCGGUAAUUUAACGCUGGGUUUAUCAUCAGACCAAGCGUAUGUGCCUUCUCCGCCACGGGCUUCGGGGACUCGUACCGAAAAUAAUCCAGAUCAAGACUUCAUAAUUAGAGACCUGAAUGAAGAUGUUAAUGAAUAA